AUGGAGGUGAUUGAACUCAGCCCGGUGUCACAGGCACUAAAUAACCAACCACAGCUCUGCUCUGAUCUGUCCAAGCAUGCGACCCAGCUCAUGGUAGCGUCCAUCAAGAGACAUCUGAGAAUUCGACAGCGCCGCACCAACUCUCGAGGAGCCCUACCACUUCGGGAUUACGGGCAAGAUCCCUCGACAUCCGCCGCAGCUCCCAAGAAGCGCAUCCCCCAUCCCCGCCCUUCCUCACCACAAACCCGAUCGCAUCCCGAAUCCGGCACCGUCGCGGCGAUGCGGAGCCUACAGCUCCUCCUCGGGGGCCUCCUCGCGGCAUCGUCGUCGUCGUUGGUCCUCGCCGAGCCGCAGACAGCGUCCAUAUACAUGCAGCCUGUCGGCGUCGGCAGCCCGCCGCCGCCGACGCUCCUCGCCGAGAUCACGUACGACCUGGCGCCACCCGCGGACGACGAGGACGGGGCAUCAGCAGCAGCAGCAGCAGCAGCAGCAGCAGCAGCAGAGGUCGGCGUCGGCGUCGGCGUCGGCGGCGGCGCGAUAAAAGCGGCAGUGACGGCGUUCGAGGCGCCCGAGCUGCCGGACGACGACGGCGACGUGGCCGCGGCGCUGGUGCGCAUCGGGGUCUACGACGCGGCCGCGGGGCGCUGGGCGUCGUCGACGUCGGUCGCGUCGGCGGCGAGCUUCGGGCGAGGGUACGCGCCGCACUUUGUGCUGACGGUGCUGCUACAGUCUGAUGGUGGUGGCAGCAGCAAGGGAGAGGCUGCCGCGGUGGUGGUCGGGGCGGCGUGCAGGGGCGUGCGCGUGGACGCGGGGGCGACGAGGGACUUUGGCCCCCAGGCGGUCGUGGUGCCCGCGGGCCGCGGCCGGCAGCCCGCGCUUAACCGGCCCGUCGUGCUGAGCGCCGAGGGGAAGCAGGUCCCGCCCAUGGAGGAGAAGACGCUGCUGCAAAAGUACUGGUGGCUGGCUGCGAUUCUGGUCUUUCUGCUGGCGACGGGCGGGGGCGAUGGGAAAUAGAGUGCGUGGCCGGGCGGUCUCAUUGUAUCUUGGGCAAACACACGGUAGACAUAGAGGGCGUUUUACUAUUGCGCAAUGGCAUUCUCUGUCUAAUCUCACAUUUGCAAGGGAACCAAGUCCUGAUCUGAUUC